AUGGCGGGGCCGGGCGGCGCGGUGCGCGGCCGCUUCGCCGUGGUGGGCGGCGGCAUCGCGGGGGUCACCUGCGCCGAGAAGCUGGCUGCAGAAUUCCCAUCAGAAGACAUUUUUUUAGUGACAGCCUCCCCAGUUAUCAAAGCUAUAACUAAUUUCAAGCAGGUCUCCAAAACACUUGAGGAAUUUGAUGUUGAAGAGCAACCAAGUUCCCUAUUAGAAAAACGAUAUCCCAAUAUUAGAGUUAUACAGUCUGGAGUGAAACAGCUGAAAAGUGAUGAACAUAAAAUUUACACUGAAGAUGGGAAAGAAUACAUCUAUGAAAAGCUUUGUCUGUGUGCUGGAGCCAAACCAAAAUUAAUUGUUGAAGGGAACCCAUAUGUGUUAGGAAUCCGGGACACUGACAGUGCACAGGCUUUUCAGAAGAAUUUGGCUCAAGCUGAGAGAAUAGUGGUGGUAGGAAAUGGUGGGAUUGCCCUUGAAUUAGUGUAUGAAGUUCAAGGCUGUGAAGUAAUCUGGGCUAUCAAAGACAAAGCCAUUGGGAACACUUUCUUUGAUGCAGGAGCAGCUGAAUUCCUCCUUCCCAAGCUCACUGCUGAAAGCCAAGAGAGUCCCAUCGAGUGUAAAAGAACCAAGUACACAGUGGAAGGAAGUGAGGAGAAAGGAAGGCCUCCAGGAGCAUCUGACAAGCUGGGCAGUGCCUUGGGCCCUGACUGGCACGAGGGCUUACACCUUAAAGGCACUAAGGAGUUUUCUCACAAAGUACAUAUUGAAAUACUGUGUGAAGUAAAGAAAAUUCUCUUACAGCAAGAAUUUAUCCAACUGCAGCAGACUUCCUUGACUUUUCCUAAAGGAGAGAAAAAUGUAGAGGCAGAUGAGGUGCUGUGGCCUGUAUAUGUGGAAUUAACUAAUGGAAAAAUUUAUGGAUGCAAUUUCAUUGUCAGUGCAACUGGAGUUGUGCCAAAUGUUGAACCAUUUCUUGAUGGCAAUAAUUUUGCUGUGGGAGAGGAUGGAGGACUGAAGGUGGACAAGCACAUGCACACGUCACUGCCAGAUGUGUUUGCAGCUGGGGAUAUCUGCACAGCAGCCUGGGAGCCCAGCCCUGUGUGGCACCAGAUGAGGCUGUGGACCCAGGCUCGGCAGAUGGGAUGGUAUGCAGCAAAGUGCAUGGCAGCAGAAGCUUUAGGGGAGUCUAUUGAUAUGGAUUUCAGCUUUGAACUAUUUGCUCACAUUACAAAAUUUUUCAAUUACAAGGUGGUGGUUUUGGGGAAGUACAACGCUCAGGGCCUGGGCUCAGAGCACGAGCUGAUGCUGAGGUGUACCAAGGGCCACGAGUACAUCAAAGUGGUGAUGCAGAACGGCCGAAUGAUGGGAGCUGUGCUCAUCGGUGAAACGGACUUGGAAGAAACCUUUGAAAACUUAAUUUUAAAUCAAAUGGAUCUUUCAGCCUAUGGUGAAGAUCUCCUAAAUCCAGAUAUUGACAUAGAAGAUUAUUUUGAUUGAACAAUACCCCAUUCCCAUUUUGUAUGAAGCUUUGAGAGCAAGUCAUACAUCUUAGAAAACCGUUUUCUCAGGACUGGGGAUAAAUGCAAUCCUCAAUUAAGAUUUUGGGUUGAUCUUGCUAAAAUACUGACUGGUUACUGCCACAGGUGCCAGCUAAUGGUGCAAUCUCUGUUGUGCUGGCUCAUAUGAACAGAGAACAGUUUCAGGG